CAGCACGAUUAUAACUUUAGAGCGCUGCCGGCGGCUGCCUACGCAUCCCCCGAAGAUUCCAAACUAGACCAAAAUUUAGUUCCUUCACUUAAUGAAGACUUGUGGAUCGGAUUGACCCCAAGUGUAGUUGCAUGCUACUCACUCAUUUAUCUUCUUUUGUUUCAAUCACACGAACGAGAACCAUGUGCAUAUGGAGAGCGACUUUGAUGUUUGUGUCGAAUGUGGAUCCCUGGUGGAGUGUGAUCAUGAUCGUGAUAUUGUCCCUGCUGUCCCUUCCCGAGGACCCUGUUCGCUUCCUGGAGUGGGCAAAGCUAAACUGACGCCAGAGAUUGAUACCCUUGACAUGCGGUCUGUUAGAUCCAUUCUACCUCACUCUGAGGUAUUCAACACAUAUGGGUCGCUCUCAAACGCCGAGCUCCUUUCCAGGUACGGUUUCACCCUGCCGGAGAACGAGCGCGAUAUCGUUAGGUUAGGUUACGGCUCGCUCUCCGCCUUGAUCAACAGUCUUAUAGGUGUGGUGCACUCUUUCGCCGACGGUGGUAACGAUGCCGAAAUGCAGGGACGUAUACGGAUCAGAAACUUAAGUGUGCCUCAGGACUGCUGCGUAUUGGGUGAUGAGCGCGAGAUAGGCGACUUUGCGAGCCUUUUCUUACGAAUAUAUUCGCGUCUUGCAAGGCUGUGGACCACCGAACCCCGAUGGGACGAAACGGGUGAUGAUGGAAUGGUCUACAAUGUUCCGUCAGGCUCGUCGCCAUGGGCCUUACGGGAUGAUCCAGAUUCUGCUCUUCCCGAGGUCUUCAACAUCAACGUCGACGGAAAGCUGACGCAUGCCCUGUGGCUUUUCUGCGUUCUUUUCGCCAUCUGCAUACGUUCCCCAGAAACCAUGACUAAUUUUGCUCACUCAAUUUUCCCGAGUGACAAUGCGCCUACGCGUCAGCCGUUUGUGGAAGACGUGAAACGGCACCUCCUGGAUGUGCAGACUUAUGUUGACAAUGCGAGGGAAAUGAGCGAUGAUGACGGAGAAGUCUCCGUCUCUGUCUCCUCGGAUGCCCGGGACGAUCCCUAUCUCUCUGCCACUCGAAGACAUAUCAAAACCGACACUGGCGGAAUAUUUGUAGAUGAAAACAAUGACCAUGCCAGCGCGCAAGAUAGUGCCUGUUUCAUAUCUAGUCUCCACGCGCCAACCGGCAGGUCUUUGGGCCUCGAUCAUGCCUUCGACCUUCACAGUGGUAGAGACACAGGCGUCCCUGCCCAUGCAUACACUACCGGUAAGUUAACGUCAGAACUUUACAAUGUCCCUGCUAUCACCUUGAGCUCAAACAAAACAAGUACCUUCGGGUCCUUCAAGCACCUCACAAGCGAUGGUCUGGAGCGGUCUGCGAAGAAGACCCAAUGUGGAGGAAGAACGGCCCCAAAAACGUUUACGGCACUCCAGUCCCCAUACCUUGGAUAGUCAGGAGGAUCUGCCCUUCAAUAUAUUCGGUAGGCGAAGUACAGCCGUUGCCGAAGAAAUAGUCAGGACUGGAAGUUCGAGUGCUAUUGUGGGUCGCGGAGAGGCGCUACACGCCCAUCGGGUAGCGCAAACGCUCGCUCUUACUGUCGUUCACCUUUGCCAGCACAGGAUCGGGUCCGCACACAUAUCCGAU